AUGAGCGUGUUCCAGGAGGCAGUAACAUUCAAGGAUGUGGCUGUGGUCUUCACUGAGGAGGAACUGGGGCUGCUGGACUCCGCCCAGAGGAUGCUGUACCAGGAUGUGAUGCUGGAGAAUUUCAGGAACCUGGUCUAUGUGGGAGGCAAGAUACACAGUGAAAUGGUAAUUGCUCCAGAAGAACAACUCUAUGAAGAGUUCUCCUGCUGGCAGAUCUGGCAACAAAUUGCAAGUGACUUGACCAGCUGUGAAGGCGCUAUGAUAAAUAGCUCUCAGUUCUUUGAACAUGGUGAUUCCUCAUGCCAGUUUGGGGCAGGGCUUUCUAUUAUUCACACAGGAGAAAGACCUUACCAGUUUUUGUAUGAAUAUACAAAACCCUCCACUGAUGUCUCCAACUUUGAUCUUCAUCAGCAGUCAAGCUCAGAAGAAAAGCCUCAUAUCUGUAGCAUGUGUGGAAAAAGCUUCCGGUACAUCUCAGUUCUUCAUAUUCAUCAGAGAAUUCACCUAGCGGAGAACGACUUCAGAUAUGACGAGUUUACUAAGCUCUUCAGCUCGAGUUCACAUAUGCAGGCUCAUCAGCAAGUCCAUGCUAUAGCAAAACCACACAAAUGUGAGGUCUGUGGGAAAGCCUUUCGCUCUCGAUUUGCACUUAAUUAUCACUUCAAAAUUCAUGUAGGAGAGAAGACUUUUACCUGUGAAGAAUGUGGGAGAGCCUUCAUCCAUGCAUCGUAUCUUCGAGAACAUCAGAGAAUCCACACUGAGGAGAAACCUUUCAAAUGUGAUGACUGUGGUGAGAACUUCCGUCGAAGGUCAACACUUAACAUCCAUUACUUGCUCCACACGGGGGAGAAACCUUACAAGUGUGCCGAGUGUGGGAAGGACUUCCGGCAGUCCGCGGGUCUUCGGACCCAUCAGAAAAUCCAUAGUGGUGAGAGACCCUAUAACUGUGAGGAGUGUGGGAAGGACUUCAGUCGGAGAUCAGCACUUAAAGAUCACUGCAGGGUGCACACGGGAGAGAAGCCUUACAAUUGUGAAGAGUGUGGGAAGAGCUUCAUUCGUCGAUCAGGACUUAAUGUUCAUUGCAAAAUCCAUAAGAGAGAGAAACCUUAUAAUUGUGAGGUGUGUGGGAGGGCCUUCAUUCAGGCUUCACGAUUUCGGGAGCAUCAGAGAAUCCACACUGGGGAGAAGCCAUUCAAAUGUGACACCUGCGGAAAGAACUUCCAUUUAAAAUCAACACUUUACAAUCACUGCAAAACCCACACAGUAGAGCAGCCCUACAAAUGUGAGGAGUGUGGGAGGGGCUUCAACUUCCCCUCAAAACUUUAUGUUCACAAGAGCGUCCAUACAGGAGAGAAACCAUAUAAUUGUGCACAGUGUGGGAAGCACUUCAGUCGGGGUUCAUACCUUCGGAAACAUCAGCGAGUCCACAGCGGAGAAAAGACACUCCAGUAUGAAGAGUGGAAAGAGCUUUGGCCAGAAUUCACACCUUCAAUCCCAUCAGAGGGUUCACCCUGGACACAAGUUGUACAGAUAUGA